AAUUAAAACGACUUUCAGGAAUUCCGUGUCCAAUUCCUGCGCUCAGGUUUGUUGGGAGGAUUUUUUUUCGAGCACCUGCAGGUUGGUGUGUGAGUGAAAUAUUUUCCCUGGACGGAUUUCAAACUUUGAAGGGAAAGAGAAAAAAAAAACCGGAGGCAGCGGCAUUACGCCAUUCUUGCCUCUGUUGGAAAAAAAAAGUGGGAUUUAAAGAAGUUUCUUACAAGAUAUCCAGCAGAAUCGUGCCGUGGAGUGUUUGAAGCAAGAGCACUUUUUUUCUCAGCCUUAUUUCUCGGAUUUUCUGCACUUCUACCACGGGCAGGAUCUCUGCAGCACUAUGGUGCUUACAGAUGACGGAUGGGAGAAUAUAGGUUUGCAGGAUUUGUUUCUUCAACUUGUUAAACUCACUUGUAGUCCACAUCUUUGCUUUUACAACCUCGCAUGUGUCUGCAGCGAGAGAGGCACUUUUGAUUUAUUUCAUUCCCUUCAGAGCAAAGAACAAACUCAGAGGAUGAGAGACUCGGACCGAACAGGACUUCUCCCUCUUCUGAUUUUAAUCCAACGGAUCAAUUCAUUUUGAACGGACUGAUGUUUAAUACAAUGACGGCCUGGAUAAAGACUCAAGGACAUUAGGAUGAAAGUUGUGAAGCGUCUGUCCCUCCUGCUGAGCUGCUGGACUCUCAUUUACCUGCAUCCCGUCCUCGGUUCACUCAGCCGGACCAGACCGAGCGAGCACCACCAGCAUCGGCUUGGAGAGGCAGUGGAGCGGGUAGCAGGCGGCGGGGAAGGGGAGCAGAGCCGCCGGGUGAGCACCGGGGGAACAGCAACCGCUGGAAGGCAAGUGGUGACGCCUCCUGGGACUUGGAAACCUGCACCGGUGAGUCUAGCGAGGAUUACGCGGAUCCGCGCAGGUCCACCGUUAAUAAAGGGCGAAACGGCUGUUAUUAAAACGAAACUUGCAGCCAAGGAAUCUGCGUCCUCAUCCUCGUUACAGCGCGGCGGAUCAGUGUCGUUGAAUCGUGCACAGCAGCAGCAGCAGCAUCAGCAACAACAACGAGACAGACCAGUGAGCUUAGGGCGCAAAGAGGCUGUGCGCUCCUGGCCGCCCGCCGGGGAUGCUCCCGUUAAAGCGCACGCUCCCGCGGCUUUCAGCGCGCAUGCAGCUGGGAAAGCAGUCGGGAUCGCGGCUGCUGGUGGUGGUAGGGGUGGCCUGCCAGGGAAACAAUUUGGGAAAGUUGCCCCAAGAGUGAGCGCCGUUUCUCCGGUACGCACCGCGCCACCUCAGAGAGCUCCCGGGGCGCAGGCACAGCAGCAACAGAGCGCGGGUGUGGUGACGCAGAGGGGAGCCGGCUUCAAACCCCCGAAAACAAACAACCGGGAAACGCAUCCCAAACAGCCGCUGGUCACCCCCCACGACUACAUGCUGUCGCUGUACUGGUCUCUCUCCACCGGGGAUCUGAACAGCAGCGCGCUGCAUGAAGCGGGUCUGGCCAACACCAUCACAAGCUUCGUGGAUAAAGGGCAAGACGAGCGUGGGCCCCAGCUGAGACGGCAGAGGUAUCACUUCAAUGUCAGCUCUCUGGAACGAGACGGGCUCCUGGGGGCUGAAUUACGCAUCCUGAGGAAGCGCCUGUCUGACCCCCGGAGAGCCUUCUUUGGAUCUGCAGCCGCUGAUGGAGGAGGAGGAGGAGGAGGGGGAGGGGGUGGUGGAGGCUCGUCCCCGUGCCUGAAGCUGUACACCUGCGCUUCAGGUAAACAACCGGCUGCUCUGCUGCAGACCAAAACCGUGGAGGAUCUGCACGGCGGAGGCGGAUUUGGCAGCAAAUGGGAAGUGUUUGACAUAUGGAAAGUCUUUAAGGGCUUUAAAAUCCAGCAGAACCAGCUCGCUCAGCAGCUGUGCUUUGAACUGGAGGCCCAGGAGCACAGAGGUGGCCGCCCCGUGGACCUGCGCGCUCUCGGGUUUGCUCGACCCGGGAGGAGCAACAAGGAAAAGGCCUUCUUCCUGGCGUUCGGCAAAAGCAAGAAGCGGGAUCUUUUCUACAACGAGAUUAAAGCGAGGUCAGGCCAUGACAACAAAACUGUCUAUGAAUACCUGUUCACUCAGCGGCGGAUGCGGCGAGCGCCCGCCGCGAGGGGGGCUAAAAAAACCCUGCAGCCGCUGCCGCCAUCCCUCCCCCAGCACCAGGUGGUGAAGAUGCAGACGAGGCCGCGGUGUAACCGACGGCGACUCCACGUGAACUUUAAGGAGAUGGGCUGGGACGACUGGAUCAUCGCACCGCUGGAGUACGAGGCCUUCCACUGCGACGGCGCCUGCGACUUCCCCAUCCGCUCGCACCUCGAGCCCACCAACCACGCCAUCAUCCAGACCCUGAUGAACUCCAUGGACCCGGAGUCGACGCCGCCGACCUGCUGCGUGCCGACGCGGCUCAGCCCGAUCAGCAUCCUCUACAUCGACUCGGCCAACAACGUCGUCUACAAGCAGUACGAGGACAUGGUGGUGGAGUCGUGCGGCUGCAGGUAGCGAAGAAAGACAGACGGAAAGACCCGAUCUGCACUUUCCUUUUCAUUAAGGUCAGACCUAAAAGACUGAACAGACUGUGACUGAACUCCCAACUAUGCAGCAGACAUCGCUCUUCACACUCAAGUGGACUAUCAGACUGCAUACCAAAGACUCUGUUAAGACUAAACAGAGGAAAAGAAACUCCUGGAGGUGAUGCUGUUCAUCAUCCCAUCACUUAAACUUCUGUGUAAUGUGGUGACGAGAAGCCAAACAUCCAGAUAUCAGAGACUGAUUUUUACUCUUUUGUUGUCGUUUUUCAGAUUUGUAUCUCCCGAUUGUUGUAAAAAGUUAUAAAGCGUGGUGAUUUAUACUCUAAAAUGCCCUUUUUCCAGCACUUAUCUGCCAUUGUGCCCAUCGAGAUGUCAAAUGAAGAAUCGUUUGUUGGCCACGCUCAAGAGUUUUUUUUUUUUUUUAUGAAGCAUGUAAAGAAUUUCUGAUGUAUAAAUAACAGGUCAAGUGAUGAAGUGCUGAUCUGACAUGCUCCAAAAUGUGGGAAAGUUGCAUAAACUGCUCUUCAAUAAAAAAAAAUGUCUGGUUGA